UUCAGUUCCAGGGUCCACAAGGAGUUUCUGAGAUGCAGAGGUUUCUCAAGUGUGCAUGGUAGUGUGCAGGUGGGUAGGGCAGAUUCUACAUCAUAUGCUAUAAUCCACGUGGCAGGAAGCAGACAUUAAAUUAUUAUUCAGCCUAGGUUUGUGUGUGGGCUCAGUGGGGCUGGCCUUGUGUGAGGUCACAAGGGGGCAUUACGUGCUGCAGAGCCAUAGGCCACCUUUCUGAUCACCUCCAUACAGAGAGAGCUGUAGAGCCACUGUUUGGAAGUGAGGUCAGUAGUGACUGGAGGGGUCAGAAAUGAGACAGUUAGGGGUCACUUUGAGUUAUUUUUGUGGGAGUUGUGAAGUCUGUGUUUAUUCCAUUUGUAUACACAUGCAAUCAUAGAAGCAGACCUCCAAGAGAGGAUAGCCCAACAGGACAAAGAAGAUAGAAAAAGGCAAGGAUGCAUUGACCUAUGAUGAUGUGCAUGUGAACUUCACUCGAGAAGAAUGGGAGUUGCUGAGUCCUCCACAGAAGAGUCUCUACAAAGAUGUGAUGCUGGAGAUCUACAGGAACCUCAAUGCUGUAGGCUACAAUUGGGAAGACCAUACUAUUGAAGAACAUUGUCAAAGUUCCAGAAGACAUGGAAGGCAUGAAAGAAGUAGCACUGGAGCGAAACCAUCUGAACGUAUUCCUUAUGGGGAUGGCUUUGUACAUCACAGUAGUCUCCAAAUACAGAAAGUAAUACAUACUGGAAAGAAACACUACAAAUGUAACCAAUGUGAUAAAGCCUAUUCUCGACCCAGUACUCUCCAAGUACAUAAAAGGACACAUACUGGAGAGAAACCUUAUGAAUGUGAUCAAUGUGGUAAAGCCUUUGCACAGCAGUCUCAUCUCAAAGUGCAUAUAGUAACACAUACCGGUGAGAAACCCUAUGAAUGUAAUUGCUGUGGUAAAGCCUUUGCACAACGUUGUCAUCUCCAAGUACAUAAAAGAAUACAUACUGGAGAGAAACCUUACAAAUGUGUUCAAUGUGGUAAAGCCUUUGGAGGUCAGAAUGAUCUUAAGAAACAUCAAAGAAUUCAUACUGGAGAGAAACCCUACAAAUGUAAUCAGUGUGGCAAAGCCUUUGCAUAUCAAUGCUCUUUACAAGCACAUAAAAGAAUACAUACUGGCGAGAAACCCUAUAAAUGUAAGCAGUGUAGUAAAUCCUUUUAUUCUCAUGGUCAACUUCGAAAACAUGAAAGAAUUCAUACUGGAGAGAAACCUUACAAAUGUAAUGAAUGUGGUAAAGCCUUUGUAUGUAAUGCUAAUCUCCGAACACAUAAAGCAUCACAUCCUGGAGGGAAUCCCUAUGAAUGUAAGCAAUGUGGCAAAGGCUUUGCAUAUCAAAGUUAUUUACAAGCACAUGAGAGAAUACAUACUGGAGAGAAACCCUAUGAAUGUAAGCUGUGUAGUAAAUCCUUUUCCACUCACAGUCAUCUUCGAAGUCAUGAAAGAAUUCAUACUGGAGAAAAACCUUACGAAUGUAAUGAAUGUGGGAAAGCCUUUGGACAACAAUCUUCUCUCAAAGUGCAUAAAAUAACACAUACUGGAGAGAAACCCUAUGAAUGUAAGCUGUGUAGUAAAUCCUUUUCUACUCACAGUCAUCUUCGAAGUCAUGAAAGAAUUCAUACUGGAGAGAAACCUUACAAAUGUAAUGAAUGUGGGAAAGCCUUUGUUUUUCAGAAUAAUCUCAAAAGACGUGAAAGUAUUCAUACUGGAGUGAAACUUUAUGAAUGUAAGCAAUGUAGUAUAUCCUCUGUCUCUCAUUAUGAACUUCAAACACAUGAAAAACUUCAUACUGGAGAGAAACCUUACAAAUGUGAUCAGUGUGGUAAAGUCUUUGGAUAUCAGAGUACUCUUCAAGUACAUAAAAGAAUACAUACUAGAGAGAAACCUUACAAAUGUGUUCAAUGUGGUAAAGCCUUUGUAACUCAGAAUGAUCUUAAGAAACAUGAAAGAAUUCAUACUGGAGAUAAACCUUCCAAAUGUAGACAAUAUAGUAAAGCCUAUUUACCAUCAAAUCACCUCCAACUACAUAAAAGAGCAUAUACUAAAGAGUAACCCUAUGAAAAUAACCAAUGUUGUAUAAAGCCUUUACAGUGAUCUUGAAAGGUAUGGUUUAAAUAUACUUGGCCCAUGGCAAGUGACAGUAUUAGGAAGUAUGUUCUUUCUGGAGUAGAUGUGGUGUUUGAGGAAGUAUGUCACUGUCCUGGUAGACUCUGAGAUCCUAAGCUAAAGCUCCUCCCAGGGCAGAAGAGUUUUCUGGCUGCCUUCUGAUCAAGAUGUAGAACUCUUGUCUCCUCUAGCACCAUGUCUGCUUGGACACUGCUCUUCUUUCCACCUUGAUGAUAUUACACUAAACUUCUGAAUCUGUACACUACCCCCAAUUAAAUAUCCUUUAUAAGGUUUGCCUUGGUCAUGGUAUCUUUUCACAGCAAAAAGAACCCAAAUGAAGACAAACAGCAUCAGACAUAGCACACUGGAGAGAAACUGACAAGCACAUAGUUCUCUGCAUGGUUGAAUACAGAAAUAACAUGUUUUAAACAGUCUCUUCUUCCUUCUCUCCUUCCAUUUUUCCUCAUCUACAUUCUUCUACAUCUCCUUUUCCUUCCCAUUUCUUCCCCCACCACCCCGAGGACAGUGAUGUAUUAAGAUAGAAUCUCAUAUGUAGUUUAGAGUACUCUUGGAUUGAAAAUCCUCCCACCUCUACCUCUUGAAGGCUGAGAUUAUAGGUGUGUAUAUCCUGCCCAGGUUUUUCUAACAGAAAUCCAUGGAUGUGGAACCCUGAGCUACAAAUUAACUGUGUAGUCUUUGAGAAAUUGCUAAGGUGAUGACAUUAUUGAGGAGUAGACUCAGACAGUACAGUUGUGCCUUCAUUUUUGCUACCUCCAGGGAGCCCACUACUAUAGGGGUAUGAAGUAAGCUUAGGCAUUAGUUAUAAAGCAGCCUGUUUUACAUGAGACAUUAAUAGUCACCAAAAGGACCAAGAGGGACUAGAGCUUAAAGCACAGUAAAGGCAUCCUGAAGCCAGAAAAGGACUCCAAGAGAUGCUCUAACAGAGUCAAUAAUCCUUGGUUGCAAGGAUCAACCCCAAUGUGUUAAGAGGUGUAAGAAAAGUUUCCAAGGUGUUUCCCUCUAGCUUCAGAUGGUGUUUAUUUCAUUUAAACAAUAGUGUUUAUUUAAACCCAGACACAUAUUGAAUAGAGUAGAGAUGAAAACCUUAAGAGUCACAUGGCAGUGUUUGCAGAGCCCUGAACUUAUUGACAGCAGAAUAAAGAGGGGCUUGUGUUUUUCUGGAGGAGGAAUGUCAAUGAAUCUGGGCUGGUAGAACAAGAGAUACAAAUGCUCAAAGAGGUCCAGGGAAAUCUCCGGGCAUGAUAUACUCCCAAUACCCAUUCCCCUUGGUACUCUAACCCCUUGGUAGCCUGGAUUCUUCCCCUCCUUGGCCCCAUACUAGCCACUGGAGCCUUGCUUCUCUUGCCAUUCUGUGUCCUUCAGUUUCUAAAGCAGCAAAUGAGUAGCAUUGCAAAAAUCACUACCAAUCAGGUCUUGGUUCAGUAUCAAGCUGUUCCCAACAUAGGAGACAGUUAUUCUGAUGACACCUCUCCCUUAUAAAAAGAAAAAGGGGGAGUUGUGGGGUAGUGAGCUGUGAUAGCCUGGUCCCUGGUUGAGCUCAGGCUUAGAACCCAGGAGACCUGAUGGGCUACUCUUCCUGCAAGAAAUGGCAGGUGUUGGCCACGCCCCUUGGGCCCCUGGCACUUUUUGCAACUACACCCUCCCACAGUCCCCUACAGAGAGGUGUGUGGUCAUCAGUCACAUCUGAGCAGCACCAGGCCUUCCCACAUGCAAAUAAGGUUUCCCCAAGCUCCCAGACUAAGCCAAUGAGAAUUACCUGCUGUCAGUCCCUGACCUACCCCAAAACUGUAUAUAAGAAUCUUAUCCAGAAAGAUUAAGGGUGAAAACUACUCCAUCCUCCCAGAGCUUCUGUCGUAAGAGCUGUAAGACUUGGGAAGAGGUCUGCUCUCCUGAAAUGCCACCUGAACCUCCACUGCACUCCUCACUGGCUAGUUGGCCUUGUUGGCCCAUCCCAACCAAACUCAUAUGACAAAAACAAGGCCUCACUGGUUGUCCUAAUUUCUGGUCACAUCUCUCCUUACCAUUUUCUAAAACUUGCCUGCUAUCCUUCUCCUUUGUCGUUUGUGGAUUUCUCCAAUCCAGUCAAUAGCACAGAAACAAUGAAGUUUGGCAAGUUCUGGGUUCUGGUCCUCCCUCAAAGUACCAAGUACCAAAAUACUAAACUAGCAAUGAAGUUCUGUUACUUUAAUCUUUCCCUGGUUUCAAAAAGCCAGGUUCCUGAAUCAUUCUCAAUGUUUAGAAACUCUACCUUCCAGAGUGGAAGGUUUGAAGUUAGGGACUCACUCUAGUUACUUAUUUCACUGUCACACAGAACAGUAGGACUUGAUGAAAUACAGACAGCUCAUGUACAUGCACAACGUGGUCCCAGUGUGUAGGUAGUUUCACAUAAAAUUGUUUGUUGUACCUGCUGCUUGGUGUCUGUCAAGAGAGAGAAUUUUAUUUGUUUGUCUGUCCUCCCACCUUUUAAAAAUUCUUCGCACCAAUGCUGAACUGUUUUGACAGAACAAAUUUGAUCUUAAUGACAGUUUCUGUCUCUAUUGUUGGUUAAUUUAGUUAUGCUUCCCUGUGUAAUAGGUGUAUAUUGCUUUAUUCAUCAGUUAUUGUCCCCAAGUCUCUAUUAUCAACUGCUUUUCCUCUUUCUUAGAAGCAGCCGAAUUCAUAGAAUCAUGUGUCUCUAGCUAUUUGACACACUGAAUAGAACUGUGUUCUGUUGUUUGUGAUCUUAAGCCAAUCUAAGAUAUACUAUUAAGAAUAAUGUAUGGCAUUUCCCCUUGAGAGGUGAUUCAUGAGAAUAAAAAUCCUGUAAACAUCCUAAAUUUAGAAAAUAGACUUAAUUUAUGUAAAUAUGGUAAAAAUCCUACAGGAUACUUUUAAGAAAUCAUUUUCUUCCAUUUAUAUGAAUAAUUAAGAUAGUCAUGAGUUAAGUGUAAUUUCCUCUGUUUUUAAAAGCAAUGUAUUUCAUGUGUGGGGGAGAUGCAUAUGUGGGUCCUUGUGUGCUGUGCUGCAUGCAUAGAGCAUCUAGCCAACAGGACUCCAGGCUUGCACAUGCUUUGCACUGCCCCAGUCCUAGCAAACUGACCUUCUCAAACUUAAGUGAAAAAAAUAGUGCAUAACAAAUAUAACAAUUGUGCCUUUAAGAUAGAUGAGGAGACUUCUUAUAUAAUAACAGUACAAUAAAGUAAUGAUAAAAACCUCUGUAGGAUUUACAGUUGAGUGAAAGGGGCUAAUAUACUUUCUAUGUAAAUAACAUCAUAAACCAAAUAUAAUCACCUGAAAAUUGGAUCUUAGACAUGUAUCUAAGCCUCAUACACCAAAAGGGCUGUAGUUCCCACAAUUGAAAGAUAUCAAUCAUGUGACUUUUAGAACAGAAUAUGAUUUUAAUGGAAAGUCUUACUGCACUACCUGAGGGGCUCCUCUGGCUUUUCUGCAUUUGAGGUUCUUAUUUAAAUACUUGCAUUUUUAUGUAUAAUUUUUAUUUACAAAUUUUUAUCUUCUUGAACUCAAGGGCUUUUUCACAAGACAAUGUACUCCUUACCUAUCUGUGAGGUUGUGUCUUCUGAGGCCGCUGGGUACCUAAAUUUCAUAUUACAAACUGAAAAUAUUCUUCACCAUUCCCUGAAACGUGCUGACCAUUGUCCUGUCUCCUGCUGUUUCCAUGCUAGUAAAUAGCAGGUGGUGAGCUGCAUUGAGGCACAUGCAUGGAAGGACUCCAGCCCUCUUUCAAAGCACUGACAUGCCACUAAGUUCUGUCUGUAACUGUGUCUCUUUCUGGAGAGAACAGAUUCAUUUAAUGAAGUUAGUAGUCAUACAAUAGCUUUUUACUUGUUUUAUUGUAUUGUGGAAAACUAGUAAAGGUCACUAUCUCAUGGGACUUUAUUAUAAUGUGACUCAGUGCAGAUGGCCUACAUGUAUGCAGGAUACUGUUGUGGAGUAUAAUCUGAAAUACAAUUUAGAAUUUAUUCUGCCUGCCAAUUGUUGUCCCUUGAUGUAGAUGGUCUUGUUUGUUCUCUUCCCCUUUUAACAUUUUAAAGUGAUUUUCUCCUACCCUAAGCUUCUUCUUUGGUUUUCUUCUUUCCAUUUCUGUCUCCAUGGUCAUCUAACUUACAGCUGUCUUUGUGGUCGUUUUCAGUGACCUUUUCCCUCAAUCAUUUCCUCAAAGCUUACUGGUGUUUGUUUCUUUUAAAAGAAGCAGAAUCAUUUUUAUAACAUAUGAUUUGUUAAUGUCAAUAUACAUUAUACUAUAUUACUGUAAACAUCCUGAUACAUAAUAUGAAGUAAAAUUAAGCAUUUUUUUCCUCUUUGAUGGUGUUUAGUGAUUUCAGUUCUCACCUUAGGCUUGGCUACUAGCUAUUUACUAACAGAAAACAGGGCUUAAAUGUACUCUUAUGGCUCAAAAUAUUUAAGUAGGAUAAGGCAAGUUCUUUUACAUGAGGCAUCCUUCGUGAUAUUAAAAGUCAGGUUAAUUCACUUUUUUUUUUUGCAAAAUUUAACAAAUAUAUGAUGGUUAUAAUCAGCACUCUAAUCAUUACUAAGUUAAGGAUGUUGGUUCACAUUCUUCUAUACACACAAAAGUAAAAUCUUUUCAUAUCUUAUCUAUAGCUAGUGAUGUUGUGCAUAGCAGAGUAUAUAUGAGGAUAUUUAAUUGAUAAAGAUUAAGUAGUUGCUUCUUUUUAUUCAUCCAUAUGGUGUAAUAUGUGAGGACAGCUAUUUUGUAAACAAGCAUUCCAAACAUGAAACAUUCCACCUUCACAUCUUCAGAAAACUUCUAAAGAACAAAGCUAAAUAAAAAGUAUCGCAUAAGUUCCUGUCCUCAGAGGAACCUGCUGCCAAGACAUGGAAGGAAGCAGAGGAUGCCCACAGUGGAUCACGGAACAUGCUCUCUGAAAUAAAUCAUUAAAGAUUUCAAAGUGAAAAUUUGUAUAGUUCUUAGAAAACAAGAACAUAAUAUUUGUCCCAAGGAGGAAUGGCUACCUCAUAUCUGUAAGGGAAAAGAAAACUUCAAGUUUAUUCCAUUUUAAAAAAUACUAUAUUUUGUUUGAGAGCAAAGAUGUGCUAUGCUAUGUCUGUUAUAGAGUGUCCAGAUAAGAGGAUCUUAUCUGGCCAGCUUUGUACAUGUUCUGGACCUCAUACACAACCUCAGUCCCAACUGUAUCCUUCUCAACUGAUCAUUAAGGAUAUAAGUGAAAAUAAAUUACACUAUGAAUAUAACAAACCAGAAAUUAUUAAGCCUUGUAAACAAAUGAAAAUUCUUAUAAAAUAAACAAUAAGUAUAAUAAUAAAAUAGAAUGGGGAUAAAAAACUAGUUACAUUUUAAAUGAAAGGAACUAACAUGCUUUUAUGAAAAUGAGUACAACAUAAACAAAACAUAAUUAACCAUACAUUUGAUAUCGACAUGUGCCAUAAAGCUCAGUGGCUCCCAUAAUACAACGAAAUGAAUCAUGUGACUGUACAACAGCUUGAUCCUACGUAGGCUCUAUAUCACUAGAUAACUGGAUCACAGGUCUUCUGCUUCUGACCUUUAAAAUGAAAUAUUUCAGAGUUUAGUGUGGGUUUGCAUUUGAAAGUAAAUUUUGCAAAUGUUCAUGUUAUUGAGUCCAUGUGCUUUUUCCAGGUAAGCCACAUCUCCCACUACUCUAUUGAUUUUGUUCUUUCUUCCAA